GUAUAUGUGAACAGUGCUAGUUACCUUAUCUUCAGUCGGGGAUACACAAAGGACACUUCAUACUUCACGAUUUACAGGGUUUUUUUUCUCUAUUUAAAGUGAACAUGUGGGUGGCAAGUUUGACAGUAAUGAUGACGUCAGUAGUAGUGAUGGUGACGUCACGAGCUGAAAAGGCUCCAGCAGCGCCACAGUGCGAAGUGGACGCUACUCAAGGGGCGAUCGAGAAGGAGACCGGGGCUUAUGUGAACAACUCCCGUCUCCAUCUGUGGUUCAAGGCAGACACAGCAGCUGAGGUCACACUUGUUAUAAAGCACGGCCAGGAGAAAUCAGAGGAAAAGUUCAAUGUUAACGGCGAUAAGAUUGGCACUUGGCAUAGAUUAAUUGUGCAGUAUCAUAAGGAAUACGGUUUAGAAUGGACUGCGCUGGAAAAAAAAAACCAAUAUGUAGACAAAAACAGAUACAAGAAAGACUGGCAGGUGGCACUGAAGAGUAACACCAUCGUUAUCUGGUCUACCUGUGACAUGCGUGUGAUUUCAUCCCAGCCAGAUACAACGCAAAGGACUCAGACCACCCCAGCGCCAUGUCAAAACGACGAGCAGACCAACUCCUUACCCUCCUCCUCAUCUUCGCACGGUAGCGAUCCCAUACAGGAAGAAUGCGGAGGGAACCAGGAUCUCUACUUGCUGUACGCCGUGUACGGGAUGGCUAUUCUCUGCGCCUUACUUGUGCUCCUCAGCUUGGUUCUGUGCGUGAGGAUCUUCUCCGUCAUGAGAAGCAAAGCGUCAGUGGAGGGCCUGGCCACAGCAACUUAUUCAGCACCAAGGAAACCUAUCGACGACGACGCCAUCUAUGAGGAGGUGAACGACAACAUAAUCAUGCGCUCGGCCUCAGUGGAAGCCCAGGACCAGAACCACACCAGCGAACGGCCUCAGUCGGAACACAACAGCGAGAAUAGUUUGUACGGUUCAGUGUCUCGGUAGAUCUCAGAAACUGGUGUUUGUGGAACGUAGUCUCUUUAGAAAACGAGUAAAUGGUCUAUAUGGACCGCGGUCUCGGCAGAAAGAAGCAAUGAUGGCCUGUACUAUCCGAUGCCUUAGUAGUGAGACUGAUUUGUAUAGAUUGAUGUCCAUAUUUGUGUUCAUGUGUGUUACGAUGCUGGUGUGGUCUACUGAUUUUACUGUUCUGUUGCAAGACCGUUAUUACUGGUCUUUUAUUAUUGCCAUUGUUAUUAUUGUUAUAAUAAUUAAUAUAAUAACAAUAAUAAUAAUGAUAAUCAGAGUAAUGAUAAUAGUUAUUAUUAAUAUUUUUUGUCAGUUAUUCCUUUCUCUCUAAAAUCUCUUUGCAGGCAGUCUCUCCGUCUCAUUCUUGGUCUUCCUCUUUCCAUUCUCCCUUCUACUUAUUAUUACUUUCAUUAUCAUCAUCACUGUUAUGAACACUAUUAUUAUAUUACUAUUUUUAUUGAUAUCAUUAUUAUGAUUACUGUUACUAUAACUACUAUUUCUUUAUAACUACUAUUAUCGUUAUUGUAUCAUUAUUAUUGUCAUCAUCAUUAUCUCAUCAUCUUUACUAUUGUUAUAAUUGCUAUAAUUAUGAUUAUCAUAUCUAAUAUUUUCAUAAUUGAUUGUGAUUGUUAUUAUCACUGUUAUUAUUAUUAUUAUCAUAAUAAUUAUUAGCAGUUCCUGUGUUACUACAAAUGUACCACCAUAUAGCCCGGGGUUCCAAGACUCAUUUCGAGGCUUAUCGGCCCUCUGGCAACCAAAACCGGGAGGCUGGCUGGCCGGAGGUGGCUCUGGAACCAAGGCUGAGUCUGGGUGGCUGGCACUUGGUUCUUGGCUUUAUCUGCAUCUGGAACUAGAUUUUACACUGGGAUUAUCAUCCUUUUGGUUAGUCCUCGGCGCUCUGUUUGAGGACACCUGGAAAUCCUCAUCCAGAGUUUCCUUUGGCCGGAUCCUAAUGAUUUAUUCGCAGGUAGUGAGGACCAAGAACUCUGCGAUUAGCUUAAGAGAGGCUAUGUGUCAUGUGGUUAUACCUUUCAAGACGAAUGUUGUAACAGAAGUAGCACAGGAACCAGGGAUAGGUCCGGCUAGAACCCAGGCCUAAUGAGGGACAGAACAUACAAUUAUUUUUCUUAUUACUUGAUUUAAUUCUGGAGAUAGGUGGUCUGUCCAGGUGUACUUUCAAUAAAUAAUUAACAUGAUUUCAGUAGAUUGAUUAUCGGUUUGGUGCAAUGCUCUAUGUGUUAGCUGGCAAUCAUGCUAUGCACUAAGAAAUAUGAAUAUACCCACUGUAUGUUCUUUUUGUUGUGAAUAAAUGUGAUCAUCAUGCCUUAAUAACAAUUAAUAUGAUUAUG